AUGUCCAACAAACGCUCCGCCCCCUCCUCCUCUUCCACCCAAAAACGAACCCGCUUCGCCCCAGCUCCCAGCGUCUCUGGCCCCUCCGCAUCCGCCUCUCGCUCAGCUUCCGGCCAAAACACCCCCCUCUCCCAGACAGAGGACGACGACGACGCCUUCCUCCAAGAUGAUAUCGUCUCCAACGCGCGUACUGCCAAGUCCAAAGCGAAAAGCCGGGUAGACCAGUCGGCUUAUGCGAGUGAUUCCAGUGGGGACGAGGAUGAGGAUGAGGAUGGGGAAGGGGCAGGGGGAGGGGAGAAGAAGAAGGAGGGGGAGGAUGAUGAUGUGGAUAUGUUUGCGGAGGAUGUGCAGGAGGAGAAGAAGGAGAAGAAGAAGAAGGAGUUUAUGGACCUCAAUGAUAUUAAGGGGCAAGAGUUUGAGCGGCCUUCUGCUCCUGGGAAGGGGAAGGGGCCCGCGGAGGACAGCGACUCGGAAGCUGAAGAGCCCAGCAAGACGGGGCUCGACGGUGAUAUGGGUGUCGACAUUACCCCCUUCAACAUGAAGAAUGAGAUGAAUGAAGGGCGCUUUACGGCGGAUGGUGAGACGUAUGUGGAAAAUGACGAUGAUCCGGAAGCAAAGUACGACGUCUGGAUGAACGAUGUCGACAAGGAGGGGAUGAAGAAGGCUCGGCGAGCGCACAAGGAGCAAGAGCGCUUGGAGCAGGAGCGACAGGCCCAAGAAUCUGGUGGCGGGGAGGAGAAGGAGCGGAGAGAGCGGGAAUUGCUGAGGGCUGCGUGGGAGUUGAUGCAGAGGGGAGAGACUAUAUUGGAGACACUUCAGAGGCUGGGGAAGGAAGUGGAGGAUGAGAGGAGAAAGAGGGAAAAAGAAGCGGGACAGAAGAAGAAAAGCUGGGCAGAAAAGCAAAAGGAAAGAAAGGCCCUCAUGGCCGCUGAAGAAGAGCAAAAAGACUCUAUCCACACUUCCAACCCGUUCACGAACCUCUCCAAUAUCGUCUCUGGCCUGACGACCAUUGGUCAUCUUGACGUCUACUCUCUCUCGCGCGAAUCCAUCCAACGCAUGCUUCCCGCCGCUCCUUCCAACGAUGUCGGCGAACAAAGGUCUGCUCCGCCAAAACCCAAGGUGGACAAUAGGCAAUUCCAGUAUAGGUUCUCUUUGGCAUACGUGCGUAAUUUGCCAGAGGGGCAACGGCCAGUUGAACGAGAAGCGUUUGGAAUGUUCUCGCUACUUCAACUGCGAGGCUGGAAAGCUACUGGUUUCUUUGGAGGGCCGAAUUGCGAAAAUGUAGAGCUCAGAGUUGUUGGAGAAGACGGAGUGCCUGGACCUUGGGGCUCUUGGGCGGAGAUCAUAGGGUGA